GUCUCGCGCAUUGGGCGGUUCCAGGCCGGCGGCGGAAGUGUAGGCGGGAGGCCUGGCUUGUAGGCCCGACUGCAGGAAAGACGCAGCGCGGGUGCACCCUGUCUGCGGACACCCACACGCCCCGCCGCUUAAAGGGACUGCUCAGGGCGCUCGGAGCAUGACCUGGGCCGGGAGGUCAUCGCAGUACAACCAUGGCAUCUGAAGAGGCUUCUCUGCGUGCGCUGGAGAGUCUUAUGACUGAAUUUUUCCACAGCUGCACGACAAACGAACGGAAAAGGGAAAUCGAAGAGUUGUUGAAUAAUUUUGCACAACAGAUUGGAGCAUGGCAGCAUUGUAUUUACUUCUUAUCCAACACUCGCAAUGAGUACGUCAUGAUGUACAACUUGACUGUGUUUGAGAACCUGAUUAAUAAGAUGUGGCUGGGAGUUCCUUCUCAGGACAAGAUGGAGAUUCGAAGCUGCCUACCUAAGCUUCUGUUGGCACACCACAAGACAAUGCCAUACUUCAUCCGCAACAAGUUAUGCAAAGUAAUUGUGGAUAUUGGUCGGCAGGACUGGCCAAUGUUUUACCAUGACUUCUUCUCCAGCACGUUGCAGUUAAUCCAGGCUCCUUCCACCACGCCUUUGGGUCUAAUCAUGUUGAAGACCACCUCGGAGGAGUUAGCGUGCCCACGGGAGGACCUCAGUGUGGCACGGAAGGAGGAACUCCGGAAACUGCUGUUGGAUCAAGUGCCAGCAGUGCUGGGUCUUCUCACAGGUAUUUUAGAGACCAUUUGGGAUAAAAACAGUGUUACGGCUGCUACUCCACCUCCCUCCCCAACGUCAGGAAAUAGUGGUGAUUUGCUUAGCAGCCUAUUGCAGGCUCCCCUAGCUGCCAAAUUAUUAAACCAGCCAAUUCCAAUCUUGGACCCAGAGAGUGAACAAGUUUGUUCUCUGGCUCUGGACUGUCUCACUCAUCUCUUCAGCUGGAUCCCACUCUCCACCAGCAUCACCCCUACGCUCCUCACCACCAUCUUCCAUUUUGCUCGUUUUGGCUGUGACACCCGUGCCAAGAAGUUAGUUGCUGUGAAUGGAAAUGGCCACAACAACAACCUGAUGCCAGAGCGAGGCAAGCUGGGUGUGCUGGCCAUGUCUUGUAUUAAUGAACUCAUGUCGAAGAACUGUGUCCCUGUGGAGUUUGAGGAGUAUCUGCUGCGCAUGUUCCAGCAGACCUUCUACUUGCUGCAGAAAAUCACCAAAGAGAACAAUGCACACUCCAUAAAGAGUCGUUUAGAAGAGCUGGAGGAAAGCUAUGUGGAGAAGUUCACGGACUUCCUGCGCCUGUUUGUCAGCGUGCAUCUGCGGAGGAUCGAGUCCAACUCGCAGUUCCCAGUGGUAGAGUUCCUCGGCCUUCUCUUCAAGUACACCUUUCAUCAGCCUAGUCACGAGGGUUAUUUCUCUUGCCUUGAUAUCUGGACGAUAUUCCUGGAUUACCUGACCAGUAAAAUCAAGAGCCGGCUGGCUGAUCGGGAUGAGGUGCUCAACAGGUACAAAGGUGCAUUGGUCAUGUUGCUGAAUGAGGUCUUGCAUCGCGUACAGUUCCGCUACAACCAAGCGCAGCUUGAAGAACUUGAUGAUGAGACACUGGAUGAUGAUCAACAGACUGAGUGGCAGCGCUACCUGCGGCAGAGCUUGGAGGUGGUGGCCAAAGUGAUGGAGCUUCUCCCGUCCCACGCCUUUUCUACAAUCUUUCCCAUCUUGCAGGAUAACCUUGAAGUUUACCUGGGUUUGCAGCAGUUUGUUGUAACCACUGGACAAGUUCACAGGCUGAAUAUCACAGCAGAGAAUGACUGUCGCCGUUUGCAUUGCUCUUUGCGUGAUCUCAGCUCGCUCCUUCAGACCAGUGGUCGCCUGGCAGAGUAUUUUAUUGGGGAUGUAUUUGCUGGCAGGUUUAAUGAUGCGCUCAGAGUAGUUGAAAGGCUAGUGGAAGUGACAUCGUAUGGGUCCCAAAUCAAGCUGUACGAUAUGGAAACAGCAGUGCCAUCUGUGCUGAAGCCAGAUUUAAUUGAUGUCCACGCUCAGUCACUGGCCGCGUUGCAGGCCUACUCCCAUUGGCUGGCCCAGUUUUACAGCGAGGUUCAGCGGCAAAACCCGGAUCAAUUUGUCUCUCUCAUCUCCACUGCGAUGGAAGCCACUGCUCCCCUCAUCAGCUCAAAGGUGCCAGAGAAGCUGCUGCUCUCAGCGUGCCAUCUGCUGCUGUCGUUGGCCACUACCAUACGGCCCGUCUUUCUGGUCAGGAUACGAGCCGUGCAGAAAAUCUUCGACAGGAUCACCGACGGCUCUGCUCAACAGCUCCCCCAAGAGGGUAAGGUGCUGGUAUGUCGGGCCUUGUCCAACAUGUUGCUGUUACCGUGGCCAAACCUCCCUGAGAGUGAGCAGCAGUGGGCUGGCCGUUCUACCAAUCAUACCAACCUAAUAUCCACCCUCACCAGAGAGUAUCGGCAGCUGAAGGACAGCGCGGGACUGUCGCAGAGCAAAGUGGCUCUGGGGGCCACAAAAGCAAUCGUGCAAGACACGCUGAGCAUCCUGAGGUACAUCGUGGAGAACGUGUCUGGGGAGGUGACCAAAUCCCGCCAGAUCUGCUACCAGUCCCUUCAAGAGUCGGUGCAGGUCUCCCUGGCCCUCUUCCCAGUCUUUAUUCACCAGCCGGGUAUCACAGAUGAGAUGCUCAGCUUCUUCCUCACUUUGUUUCAAGGCCUCAGGGUGCAGAUGGGAGUUCCCUUCACAGAACAGAUCAUCCAAACGUUCCUCAACAUGUUCACCAGGGAGCAGUUGGCUGAAAGCAUUCUUGAGGAGGGCAGUGGGGGCUGCCGUGUGGUGGAGAAGUUUCUGAAAAUCCUGCAGGUGGUGGUCCAGGAACCAGGGCAGGUGUUCAAGCCGUUCCUCCCCAGCAUCAUUUCCCUCUGCAUGGAGCAGGUCUACCCAAUCGUAGCAGAGCGGUCCUCGCCCGAUGUGAAGAUGGAGCUGUUUGAGCUGCUUUACCAGAUUCUGCACAACAACUGGCGUUUUUUCUUUAAAUCCUCUGUCUUGGCGAGUGUUCAGCGUGGAACAGCUGAGGAACCGAUGGAGAAUGAAGCCCAGUUUGUUUCUGCCAUGCAGGCCUUCGGACAGUCCUUUCUGCAGCCCGAUAUUCAGAUCUUUAAACAGAACCUGUUUUACCUGGAGACACUUAACACCAAACACAAGCUGUACCACAAGAAAAUCUUCCGGACAACCAUGCUCUUUCAAUUCGUCAACGUGCUGCUGCAAGUGCUGGUGCACAAGUCUCACGACCUGUUGCAGGAGGAGAUUGGCAUUGCUGUGUACAACAUGGCCUCUGUGGACUUCAGCAGCUUCUACGCUGCCUUUUUACCCCACUUCCUGGCCAACUGUGAUGGUGUUGACUCCAAUCAGAGAACAGUGCUCGGAAGAAACUUCAAAAUGGACAGGGAUUUGCCUUCGUUUACACAGAGUGUUCACAGACUUGUCAAUGACCUUCGAUACUACAGGCUCUGUAACGGCAGUUUACCUCCGGGGACGAUCAAACUAUAGCCUCCACGACUGAAGCCUUCUCUCUUGUCCUGUCGCCAGGCUGCCCAGAGCACGGUGCUGGCUGCACCCACCCAAUACACUGCUGCAGCACUUUGUGUCUUUGUCCUGCAGGAAGAUGUUAGUCGCAUUCAGUAGAUUGACAUGAUGCAGAUCAAUCAUGCACUGAAUAGACAUCUGUCGUUUGCACCUUUGCGUUGAUGUGCUCCUCUCAGCUGUUUCAUUGCAUUGACCAGGGAGUGUGCCGUGGUCAGCACUUUGUUUCCUCGUCUGAAUUGCCUUGAACAUUUCUGCUCUGUGUAGGCAGAGGACUCUCCAUUCUUGGUCAUAUCAUUCCAACGUGAUACUAUUGGCACACGAUCGGUGAAGAGUUUGUGUUGAAACUGUGUUCAGGUCCAUCAAUCACCCUCUCCAAAUAUAUGCUGGAUUUUUUUAAUGAAGAUUUUAAGUUGGGUAAAUUUAUUUUAUUGUUUUCAUUAGACUUCCACUUACCUUUGCAUAAUUUCUCCUGUGAUCCCUUCCCUACAGAAUUUGAUCCUGUUGGUCCCUGUGUCUGAUUUACUGAAGCUCUGUCAGAUGUAACUGAAUCGGGUAGAAGAGAGAAUGAAAGAAGCAAAUGUUUGAAGCUUGUUGCCAAGUAUUUGGUUUAAAUAUUCAGGACUUGGCCUUGAUUGAUGGUUCUACAUUCGGUACUGAUGCCUGAACUCCAUCCGUUAUGUUCUGAUAGGAAACCUGAUCACUGGCUCUCUGCCAUCCUGUUCCUGAGCCACAGGCUGCCUCGCCUCCAGAAGUCUCAACCCCACUUGUGUCUGAAGCUGCUGCCCACACAGCGCUGGAGAGAUGUGGGCCAAGGCGCAGCGGCCUCUGGGCUGCUUUGACCUGGGGUUGGGGUGGAAGAGAUGGGGAUCAGACUGCACCUGUGUGGCACCGAGAUGGUUCUGGAUUGGUUCUGGAGCAGCAGAGAGGAGCAGAUCAGCAGCAGGGAACCCCCAGCAACCCUGAGCCGCAAGCGGGCAGGCCAGUGAGGGCUGAUGUCCCCUUGCUCACACCUGCCAGCUACCCCUGCAUUGCCAGCUAUAGUGUUAAAGUGAUGCCGCUCAGGCUGAAUGUAUUACAUAGGUGGGCAAGCCUCCACUCUACUUGAACAUUCAACCUUUCCUCCCCUAAAGAAGCAAUUGUCCCACCCUUAAAUUUCUAGGUACAAAAAUGCCGGGUCUCUGGAAAAGGGGCUUUUGUUAAAUGAAUUCAUGUUGAGCCCAGUUCUCAGUCCUCUUUGGUCUUCCGCAGUCAUCGCUCUAAAGCUGAGCUGCCCAGCUGAUUGUCGGUUUUCCUCAGCUCAGUGGGAAUUGAAGCUUGUUCCAGGGAUCGUAGAAAUGAAACAGCUCCUUCGCUGUGGUACACCAUUCCUCAUUAAGCGCAAAACUCCGGUCACGACCUGUCAUCACAUCAGUUCUCAGCCACAAAACACUGCAUUUUUCGCAGUUGCUUUUUUUUUUCUUCUUCUUAAACCCAUUAAGUUUGCCUCAUGCGGCCAAAUUUCUCAACAUUUCAUUUAAAAAGCUGCUAGUGACUUUUCAAUUGCAUUUAAAAAAAAUUGGACUCUGAUUAUGUAGUGGAAUUAAAUGGGGACAAGAUACCAUCCGAAUCAAUGAACUGCUCCAGAUCCCUGAUGGAAGCCCAGUACGUGGUCCCCUGCAGCAACCUGCCUUCCCUGAGUUGGCUGCACCUGAAGUGCAAACAGAAGCAAAGCAGAGGCCUGUUGUCAGACUCUGGACAAUUCAGCCUUGCGCUUAGACACUGGUUGUUGGCUUAUUUGGAUCCUGUGCUCUCUCCUCUCCCUGAUUCCAGGGAACGGAAACAAUGGCUUGUGCUGACUUGCACACCCAGCAGGUCCGGUCUGGGUGCGACACACUACACACUGUCUCUGACUCACCUGAAACCGCUGCCGUUUGUGGGUUCCUGAUCCACUCUAAUAUCCAGACAUGAUCUCUGGGCUGUGUAUGUUGGUCCAGGGCUAUGCAGAACCUGUCUUCCAUUUAUAUUUUAACCUUUGCUUUGAGCCCCAGGCUUUGUUUUAAGAAAAGGUUCCUUUACAUUUUGCUGCUUGUUGUACAGGAACCAGUGGUACUCUGCAGCUGGCCACCUGUCGAUAGUUUUCUUGCCCAUUGGACUUGGAUCACACCCCUCUGCUGUGGAAUAUGUGGAUAUAUUUGGAUUGGUUCACUACCACUAUGGGUGGACCUGGCCUCCCGGGUUAGGGCUGUUGCCAAAGCUCCUGUAAGCCCAGUCAGCUCCUGCGUCUUGUGUUGGGGUCAGGGCGCCAUGCUGUGCCUUGUAUUGAAGGAUACAAUCUCCCCAUUCCGCCCAUCGCUGGGAUCUGCUUUGUUCUUCCCCACGCUACAGGGCCAGACCACCUGUGCCGUGUCCCUGCUCUGUGAGGCUCUGUGCUGAGGGUAGCGAGUUCUACCACUGCACAGCGUCAGAACCUGGCUGAGUGUUUGAGUGGAAGGUGUUGCUCACCCAUUGUCCUGGGCUCUGGUGUUGUCACUGCUGUUGGAGUUCACCUUGUGACGAUGUUAUGCUUCCCUCAGAGCCCAAAGCCCGAGCCCCCGCAGCCCAUGGCCCUCUGGCCCUCAUCGUUCCAGGUCAGUAAUGGUCACCUCGUGUAUGGAGCCUUCUCCCUGCUGCUCCCCUUCCCCAUCAAAGAAUGCUUCACCUGCAAUGUGAUUUGAACUGCGCUGUGGUAUUUCUAUCGGGCACUUGUACCCAAAAGGGAAUUCCUUGCAGCGUACAAGGUAAAUUAGAUUGGUACCACAGCUGGCAGCACUGGUCCCACCCUCGAACACCGUGGCUGGCCGGUUGUGUGUUGAAAUUUGAUGUUCUGUUUACAAUGUGUACCGAGGACACCCACCUUCAUGGUUAUCGGUGUAAGACCAACUUGCACCCUGUAUAAAGUGGACUCUUGUUUAUUUUUUUAGGAUUAUGGUAAUACUUUGUACAAGUGUACAUUGAUGUGAUUAUAAACAGGUUCCAGCUUUCACCAAGGCUGUGUCAGUGUUUUUGGAUGUAAAUAUGAGACUCUGUAUUGUGCCUGAACACUUGCAAUGAAAAGUGUAUUAAAUCUACACACUGGUUUUAC